AUGCAAGCGAAUCAUCACAAACGACCUUCAAUAACUAAUACCAUUGAAUAUGGUCCAAUAAAAAUUCGUCAAAAUCGAAAGCCAGCUCCAACAAUUGCAACUGGUCGUCGACCAAAAAGUCUUGUUCUUGAUGGUAAUGAAGCAAUUAAACGUGAACAAAGACGUGAAAAAAAUCGUGAAGUAGCAAGAAAAUUAAAAGAAAAACGUAAACUAUUUGAGGAACAACUCGAUCAACAACUAAAAGACCUUGUAGAAGAAAAUUUCAAUUUACAAAAUUAUCUUCAACAACUUGAAAAUAAAAAACAAAUUUUACAACAAGAAAUCAAUAAUCUUUCUACUGAUCCACUCGAUGAAUUAUCAUCAUAUACUACUGAAGAUAUAGUUUUGUUCUUCGAAGAAUAUUCCAAUGAACCAGAUACUCAUAAUAAAUCAGCUAUCGAAAUAAUUCAUGAUUUAAAUUUAAAUAUUAUCUCUAAUUCUGUAAAACAUAAUUAG